UCUCCCGUUAAGGAGCACAGGCUCCGGACGUGCAGGCUCAGCGGCCAUGGCUCACGGGUCCAGCCACUCCGCGGCAUGUGGGAUCUUCCCGGACCGGGGCACGAACCCGUGUCCCCUGCAUCAGCAGGUGGACUCUCAACCACUGCGCCACCAUGGAAGCCCAAGGAUGACAUUUUUUUUAAAAGGCAAGAAACUAUAUGGAUGCAACAAAAGUGCAGUGAAUACUUGUAAACUACUCAUGACCAUGCCUUGGAGAACUCAGGCAGGAAAGAAACCCCAUGAAUGCUGUGAUUGUAAGAGAGCCUUUCCCAGUAAGUUAAAGCUAAUCACUCAUCAGGAAACUCACACAGGAGAGAAAACAUAUGGAUGCAAUCAACAUCAGAAAGUCUUCAUUACAAAGUCAGUGCUCACCUAUCAUCAGAAGACCCAUCACAGAGAAGGGAAAUCCUAUGGAUGCAACAAAUGUGGGAAAACUUUCCCUUGGAAGUCAAAACAACUCACUUUUCAUCAGAGGACUCAUUCAGGAGAGAGACCUUUCAGAUGCAGAGUAUGUGAUAAAGCCUUCAUGGUUAAGACAUAUCUCACUGUACAUCAGAGAACUCACACAGGAGAGAAACAAUAUGAAUGCUCAGAUUGUGAGAAAGCCUUCUCAAAAAAGGCUCAGCUCCUGAUUCAUCAGCGAAUUCACACAGGAGAGAGACCAUUUGGAUGUAGUCAAUGUCAGAAAUCCUUCAUUACAAAGUCAGCACUAAUCUAUCAUCAGAAAACCCGUCACAGAGAAGGGAAAUCCUAUGGAUGCAACAAAUGUGGGAAAGCUUUUCCUUGGAGGUCAAAACUCAUUUUACAUCAGAGGACUCAUUCAGGAGAGAGACCUUUCAGAUGCAGAGUAUGUGAUAAAGCCUUCAUGGUUAGGACACAUCUCACUGUACAUCAGAGAACUCACACAGGAGAGAAACCAUAUGAAUGCUCAGAUUGUGAGAAAGCCUUCUCAAAAAAGGCUCAGCUCCUGAUUCAUCAGCGAAUUCACACAGGAGAGAGACCAUAUGGAUGCAGUGAAUGUCCACAAGCCUUCAUCCAGAAGUCAGAUCUCAGUAAUCAUAAGAAAACUCAUCAUGCAGUAGGGAAAUCCCAUGAAUGCAGUGAAUGUGGGAAGGUUUUGUCCUCUAAGUCAACUCUCAUUAUACAUCAGAGAAGCCAUACAGGUGAGAAACCCUUCAAAUGCAGUGCAUGUGAUAAAGCCUUCACAUCAAAGGCACAUCUCAUUGUACAUGAGAGAAUUCAUACAGGAGAGAGACCGUAUGAAUGCUUAAAUUGUGAGAAAGCCUUCUCCACUAAGGCACAUCUCAUGAUUCAUCAGCGAAUUCACACAGGAGAGAGGCCUUAUGGAUGUAAUGAAUGUCAACAAGCUUUCAUCCAGAAGUCAGGUCUCACUAACCAUCUACAAAAUUGUCAUUCUGGGGUAAAGUCGUAUGGAUGCAGUGAAUGUGGGAAGGUUCUGUCCUGUAAGUCAACUCUCAUUAUACAUCAGAGAACCCAUACAGGUGAGAAACCGUUCAAAUGUAGUGUAUGUGACAAAGCUUUCGCAGCUAAAUCCUAUCUUACUGUACAUCAGAGAAUUCAUACAGGAGAGAGACCAUAUGAAUGCUGCAAUUGUAAGAAAACGUUUGCUACUUUGUCAACUCUCAUUGGUCACCGGAGAACUCACACAGGAGAGAGACCCUAUAGGUGCAAUGAAUGUCAGAAAGCCUUCUUUCGGAAAUCAGCCCUGGCUAAUCAUCAGCAAACUCAGCAUAGAGGAAAAUCCUCUAUGCAAUGACAGUGGGAAUGUGAGAAAUCUCUUUUGAUUAAUCUUAUCUACUCAGAGAACUCAUACAGAAUAGAAAUGCCUAUGAACGCUCUGAUUAUAUAGACCCUUUUGGAACUCCUGUAGGAAAGAAACCUUAUAUAUGGAAUGAAAGUUGUACAUGUUCCACCUGAAGACAUCUCCUCAUUAUACCAUAGAGAAUCUCACCAAAAAAGAAACAUUAUAAAGGCAGCAAUUGUCAAAAGACUUUAUUUGAAAGUCACAGCCUAUGCAUUUAGGAGGUAAAAACCUAUGGAUGCAGGGAAAGUGGGAAAUUAUUCUUUUUCAAGUCAUAUUUGUUAGACAUUAUGGUAUUCAUUCAGGAGAGGGACCCUACAGUUGCAGUGAAUGCAGCCAAGCUAAGAAAAAUUACAUCUCAUUGUACAUAAAAAUAGAAAUUUUAGGAAUGUUGUGAUAAUGACAGUAUUCCCUAGAAACUCAAAACUCUUUGAACAUCUUGUACAGGAGAGAGAUCCUGUAGGUGCAGUGAAUGUGGUAGUCUUAAUGCAUAUCUUCCGAUAAUGCAUGUCUUCCUUACAUCAACAAACCCAGAUAGGAGGAAAGCCUUGUUAAUGUAGUACAUCCUUCAUAUAGAUGUCAAAGCUCGCUAAUCAUCCACAGAUUCAUAUAAGAGAUAAAUCUUUUUGAAACAAGGAAUGUGGAAAGCUUUUGAAAGUGACAUAUUAAACACCAGUUACUUAAUUCAGGAGAGAGUCCAGUGGAUAUAGUUAAAGUCUGCCUUUCGCCACAAAAGGGUGCGAAUUGCAGUGAUUGUCAAAAUGCUUUAUUUACAAUUCAGAGCUCCUUAAUUGCCCACUAACUCAUAUAGCAGAAAGACUCCAUUCUCAGGGGGAUAAUUUCUAGAUUCAAUGAAGUUAUAAAAUCCUUAAGGAAUGAUAUUUCUAUACUACGCCAGUAAACUUCUACUUCAGUAAACUCAUACAUUACAGAAAAACUGUGAUUAUAGUCACUGAAAAUGCUUCCUAUGGAGGAUUGGCUAUCAUUAAGCACCAUGAGCUCUUGAAAACAGAAACAAUUUGCUCCACACAGAGACUUUAUGAAUGUGGCAAAAGCAUCAGUGAUAAAUUAUAUUUUAUUUUUGCAUUUCAUGGUUUUAUUUCUUCACAUCUGACUGUAUCUUAAACUGUGAUGCAUGUUAUAGUUGAUGGAAUGUCAUCAUUUCAUUGUUAGGGCUUUUCUACAUUUGGUGGCAUUCUAGAUUUGAGUAAUUAAGUAAAAUCUGGAAACUAUAGAAUGAAAUAAUUUUCUAAGGGUUUAAUAUAAUUGUUUUAGAAAGGAUUCCAGAGAAUAUUCUACUACAAAUAUUAGGUAUUUUCACUGCAAAUACAAUGCUGUUUGAAUAUAGAAAAAAAACAGAACAUAAGAAUCAGUUGGAUUUCAACCAAGGUUUGUAAGAGUUAUGUUGUAGACUAUAUACUACAUAAAAUGGGCUUUAUGUAUUUAAUUUUAUUUUUAUUUUUGGAAUUACAUGAAGAAUGUAAUUUUUAGAGUUUAAUAAAUUUCCAGCAUAGGCAUAGAAUGUUGAGUAAUAUAAUCUAAUAUAAAUAGAAAUGUUCUAUUUCCUUAUAAAUCAAAAUUUAAUAUGUAAUUUGACUCAUUAAUAAGUCUAAAGAAUUACAUCACAUAAGUUUGUUGUCCUUAUUUUUACUGUCUUUUUUAGUAUUUCUGCCAACUGUGAUGAUACAUCACUUCCUAAAGCCUACAUUUUUCUAGAGCCUUAUUUUUGAAAUAUCCAAAGAUGAUAAAAGAUGUACAUAAAAUACUAAAAAACAAGCAGCACAUGAGACUGAAGGAGGGAAGAAGACAGGGUAAUGUGUGGUGAGUUCAAGUGCAUUGUAUUUCCACUGCUGUGUCAAACAGGAACUUUGGAAUCAUUAUUAUAACAUGUCCUUGGGCACUACAAACAUUUCCUUUCCUCUUAGCAUUUCCUAAAAUGCCUGGUAUUAUUCUAAUAUUAAGAAUAAUUGCAGAAAUUGGAACUCUUGCACAUUGCUGGCAUAUAAAAUGGUUCCAUUGCUAUGGAAAAAAAAGUUGGUGGUCUCUCUAAAAAGUUAAAUAUAGAAUUACUAUAUGACCCAGGAAUUCCACUCUUGGGUAUAUACCCAAUGAAAUUGAAAACAGGUACUUAAAUACUUGCAUAACGUUAUUCAUAGCAGCACUAUUCACAAUAGCCAGAAGGUGGAAACAACUCAGAUGCCCAGCAGUGGGUUAUUGGAAAAACAAAAUGUGGUAUGUGUAUAUACACGUACCUAUACAUACACAUAUAUGUAUAAUGGAAUAUUAAUCACCUAUACAAGUGAAGUAUCGGCAUACAUUAUAACAUGAAUAAGCCUCAAAAACAGUACACUGAGUGAAAGAAGCCAGACACAAGAGAUCACAUAUUGUAUUUCUAUUUAUAUGAAAUGUGCAGAAUAGGUAAAUCUAUAGAGACAUAAAGCAAAUUGGUGGUUACCAGGACCUGGGGGGAAGGAAAAAUUGAGACUGAAUGAUUAAUGGAUAUGUAGUUUUCUUUUAGAAUAAUGAAAAUGUUUUGAAACUGGAUAGAGGUGGUGGUUGCAUAACAUUGUCAAUAGAGUAAGUGGUCACAGAAUUGUAUACUUUGAAAUGGUUAAUUUUAUAUUUUGUGAAUUUUUACAUCAAUAAAAGUAUAUUUGAAAAGAAUAACAUUGCAAGAAACUUUGCACUCAAAAUGCAGAUAAAAAUCAAGUUGCUUACCAAAAAAAAACCUGCUCAGCAAAACCGGUGUAAAUAUAUCUUUUUUUUUUUGCGGUACGCGGACCUCUCACUGCUGUGGCCUCUCCCAUUGCGGAGCACAGGCUCCAGACGCGCAGGCUCAGCGGCCAUGCCUCAAGGGUACAGCCGCUCCGCGGCAUGUGGGAUCUUCCCGGACCGGGGCAGUGUCCCCUGCAUUGGCAGGCAGACUCUCAACCACUGCGCCACCAGGGAAGCCCAAAUAUAUCUUCUUUAACUUAAUAGAUAUUAGCUACCAGAACUUUAUAGCUAACAUCAUAUUUAAUGAUGAAAGUUUGAAGACGUUCCCUAGUUGUUCACCAUUGAGGUACAAGUCUGCUGCCUCUAUUCCUGCUUAACACUCUGCUGGAGGUCUUAACCAGCACAGCAUGACAGUAAUAACAACUAAAGCGUUUAAAAUUGGAAACAAACUUGUCAUUAUUUGCAGAUGAUGUGAUUGCCUAUGUGGAAAGAGGAGAACCCACAAACAACCAUGUAAAAUAAUGAGAGUCCACCGUAUAGCACAGGGAACUGUAUUCAAUAUCCCGUCAUAAACCAUAAUGGAAAAGAACAUAAAAAAAGAAUGUGUAUAUAUAUGUAUGUAUAUAUAUAUAUGUGUGUGUAUAUAUAUAUAUAUAUAUAUAAAACUGAAUCAAUUUGCUGUACAGCAGAAAUUAACUCAACAUUGUAAAUCAACUAUACUUCAAGAAAAAAAAAAUAAAAGGAAUCUAGUAGAAUUCUCUAGAUGCUUGCUUGCAACUUCAGGCACUAGCGAUAAUCAGAACACUUUUGAAAAGUUCUCUAUUCACAAUAAAAAUUAUGAGAGAAUUUGAAAGAUUUAUAUCACUUUAUUGAAAGACCUUUAAGAUGACCAAAAUAAAGGAAGUAGAUUGUCUAUUAAAUGAGAAGCUAUGGUUCGCCUCCAAUAAAUAAGUCUUUUAAGUACCAAGAUGCAAAUAAACAUUGUUGAACAUCCAAGAACAUGCAUGAACUUCUUUUUUUUUUUUUUUUUGCGGUAUGCGGGCCUCUCACUGUUGUGGCCUCCCCUGUUGCGGAGCACAGGCUCCGGACACGUAGGCCCAGCGGCCAUGGCUCGGGCCCAGCCACUCCACGGCAUGUGGGAUCUUCCCGGACCGGGGCACGAACCCGUGUCCCCUGCAUCGGCAGGCGGACUCUCAACCACUGCGCCACCAGGGAAGCCCUCUUUUUUUUUUUUUUUUUAACAAAAGGUUCAGAGCCAGCAUGACUAAGCACAGGCAACAGAGCACAAAAGUUAAAGUAAAAAACAGAUGUAAUAUGGAGUCAGUUAUUCUUCCCUAUUAUAACACUGAAGCUCAGAGUCCAGUAUGAACAUGACAGAGCUCAUCCCCAUGACCCUGGGGGUGGGUUUGGGGCAGGAAUUGGAGAUGAGGAUCCACUUUGCUGUCUCAGCACAGCGCUGAGUGCUCUGUCUAUCCCACGCUCCCUCACAUACACACAGUUCACAGCAGUGGACUCAGGAAAGUUUCCCCCUCAGCUGCACCUGCUCUUAAUUAAUUCUGUCUUAAUCCCCAGGACCUGCAGAUGCUGGCUUGGGACCAACGUUUACCGCUUCUUUGCAGAUACACCACAAUCCCUUUGCAGAUAGUGUCGGUGCCUCACAGGUGACAGGGUAAUUGCAGAGAUUUGGGGGGAGAUGGACUCGUGAUCUCAAGACACAUAACCGCUUUGGCUUACAUGGCACGUAUUUACUGACGGCCACAGUCCUGCUGCCCGUUUCCAAAGCAGAGAUAAACCCUGGUGAGUGUUUGCUUAUGGCUCGGACUUGAACAAGGUUUGGGAGACAGUGCCUAAGAGGAGAGAGCAGCUGAGGAACUGGACAGGACAGAGGUUUCCCCUUGGGUCUCAGGACAGUUUUGUCUCAGCUGGACUCUUUCCUGGACUGAGAGAGGGAUGGGGAAGGUGUAACACCGGAGACCACACAGCAGCAGUAGAUGGUCGUGGGUACUCGGCUGGAAGGGGAAUGGACAUUGCCGAAGCUGAGUCCAGCCUGAGGAUAAGGGUUGCUUUUCUUCCUACUGCUCUUUCCCUUUAAGAUUGGAGACUAGGUUUUCCAUCAACUCAAACCACUGAGAACUAGACUCAGAGUUGAGAAAUUUUGAUGUCUAGAGUUCAAGGUUAAUGUUCAGACUGUUCAGCUGUGGUCCCUGUUCUCUGCACACACAUUUGCACUCAGACUCACACUGCUCCACUAUUGCCCUCACAGACAGAUUCCAGAAUCUGGAUGGACCUGGAGAAACGCAUGGGCAUGGGACCUAGAGGGGUUACAAUAUUGUAUGCUUUUCUUUGCCACUGAAAGGCACAGUUUAAAAGCAAUCCUGCAUAAGAGUCCAGCCUCUGGAGGCCAGAGCGGCUUAUCUUCAAUUCCUGGCUCUGCCUCCUACAGUCUGGGGGAUUGGGAGCUCCUGAGUGAGUCUCAGCUUCCCAACCUGUGAGCCAGGAAUAGGAACAGUGUCACUCUGAAUACUGAAUAGAGUGAAUGAACAUUAAAGAAGGUGAUAUGCCGGCCCACAGCAAGUCUCUAGCAAAUGGUAGUCAUGACGGUCUCUCCCGCAUGAUUCUAGAGCCAGUAUUUUGCAGCCAGACACACAGCUGGCCACACUGUCAUCAAACUUCACCCUAUCUCUCUGUAAUUCUAUAUUGAUUCCCCAAUUCCAUCUUGUGUUGUUUUGGACGUUUUGUGGGAAGAAUCUGAAUGACUCUUCUCUCUGUGUGUUUGUGUGUGUGUGUGUGAGAGAGAGACAGACAGAGAGACUGUAUCUAGACCACACCCACAUUUACCAGUAUACCAGUGAAUUAAUCCCAAGAAAACUUAUGAAUAAUGAGACAUUACAUCCAAACAUUAUCUCUUAUUCAGCAAAGAAGGCUAUCGAAGAUGUACUUAGGAAUUUCUUCUCAGCAAAGAUUUCCAUAGCAGAGGAUAACCCCUUUAAACAGAUCCGUGUUUUUCUUUUUUUGCUUUGGCUUUGUGAUGCAGUGCCCCUUAGACCUUAAAAGGGGGAAAAAAUCUGCUUUCUCUCUUUUUUAAAUUUUAUUCAACAUAGUUUUGGAAGUUUUAGCCACAGCAAUCAGAGAAGAAAAAGAAAUAAAAGGAAUCCAAAUCGGAAAAGAAGAAGUAAAGCUGUCACUGUUUGCAGAUGACAUGAUACUAUACAUAGAGAAUCCUAAAGAUGCUACUAGAAAACUACCAGCGCUAAUCAAUGGAUUUGGUAAAGUAGCAGGAUACAAAAUUAAUGCACAGAAAUCUCUUGCAUUCCUAUUUAUUGUAGUUGAUUUACAAUGUGUUAAUUUCUGCUGUACAGCAAAGUUAUUCAGUUAUACAUAUACAUAUAUAUACACAUAUGUGUGUGUGUGUAUAUAUACAUAUAUGUAUACAUUCUUUUUCAUAUUCUUUUCCAUUAUGGUUUAUCACAGGAUAUUGAACAUAGUUCCCUGUGCUAUACAGUAGGAUUUUGUUGUUUAUCAAAAAUCUGCUUUCUUAAAAUUGGCUAGUAGGAUUUGAAUUAUCCACUGACUGACUUUGAAUUAGAAACUUCCAUACUGAGUCACCUUUAAUCUAGUAACAAAAGAGAAACCAGUCUGAUUUAAAUUUAUUUUAAAACUAAUACUCAGACAGUAUUUACAUACCUUGGGUCAGAUCAGACCUAGCCUGCCAUUUACUGGAAUUUAGUGACCUUGAGAAAGUUAAAAAAAAUCUCUCUGCCUCAUUUUCCAUCCAUGUAAAAUAGAACAAGAAUAUUCUUUUACACUGAGCAUUCAGUAUUAACUUAUAUGAAGGGCCUGUUCGUAGCCCUACAUGCGAAAGCUCAUCAAUAAAUUGUAUCUCCUGGUAUUUUCUCUGAACGGACUGUGAGCCGCUUACUGGAAAAUGGAUUAGAAAUACAGAAAUUGGUAGCUCUGUUCUAAUUUCACCCCUUCUUUAUCUGUGUUUCUAUCUUCCUAAUCACUUCCACUUGUCAUAUCUCUCUUUAUACUUCCCCCUUAUGUGAAUAAGUCUCUUCCAAAUCCAACCUGCCUUUUCUUUUAUUGUCUUCAAGUCAGUCUCCUUGAAGAUACAGGGUUUGUUUCCAGCAUUCUGGCAGCCGGGAACUCUCUCAAACAUCACUGCCCCCAGCUCCAAGUAGCAAGUCUGACUGACUGUGCCUGACUCACCAGUUCUUGAUCUGUUCUUUACAAUUCCAUUUUCAUUUUCAUAUUUAUUUCUGCCUGAUGCUUGCCUCUAUGGCACUUGCAGUACUCAAGGUUUUCCCACUUGUCCCUGCUGUCAAUUUUUUUUUUUUU